AGAAUAUAUCAACGACCCAGAUGUAGGCUAUAGACUAUAUUUUACCAACCCAGAUGUAGGCUAUAGACUAUAUCAACGACCCAGAUGUAGGCUAUAGACUAUAUCAACGACCCAGAUGUAGGCUCUAGACUAUAUUUUACCAACCCAGAUGUAGGCUAUAGACUAUAUCAAUGACCCAGAUGUAGGCUAUAGACUAUAUCAACGACCCAGAUGUAGGCUAUAGACUAUAUUUUACCAACCCAGAUGUAGGCUAUAGACUAUAUCAACGACCCAGAUGUAGGCUAUAGACUAUAUCAGUCUAUUUUCUUAAAUACUGAUUGGUGCUCCUAACUUUUUAAAAGUAGCCUAUAUUUAUAGCCCUAUAGAUGUUAUAGGCCUAAUGUAUAAUAUAGAAAUAAAGCCUAUUAUGUCAUGCAGUGUAGUUCAGUGCUCGAUGAUUAACCCAGUCAACUCCCCCUGAUUCCGGACUGUUUCGCAACCAGGGCUUGUGUCCAAAAAUGGCAUACUGUUCCCUACAUAGUGCACUACUUUCUACCAGAUCCCUAUGGGCCCAGCUCAAAAUAGUGCACUAGACAAGGAAUAGGGUGCAGUUUGGGAGGAACGAGAUCCGUUGAGCAGCGGAGCGCCCGCCUGGCUGGCAGACUGUCUGUUUCUAUCAGUUGUGUUCAGAUUAUUUUGCCGUCAGUCAGCAUGGCCCUUCUCUCCACUCUCACGCCGGUGUUCGUGGCUGUUUUAUGCGUGAUCCUAGUUUUUCUGUUCAAAAGCUCUCGGGAGAAGGAGAACAAGGCAGUGAAACCCGAGCCGAAGCCCGAGGCCGAGGCCCGACCGUGGGUAGACGAGGAUCUUCAGGACGACACAGAGAUCCGACACAAAGAUGAAGAGGAUGGUGAUUGGGUGGAGAGUGGUGGGGAGGAGGAGCUGGCCCACGUGCCCUACCCGGCUUCUCAGUACCCCGUAGAGGUCAUGGUUCAGAGGUCACAGGACUUCUUCAGCCUGAUGAACCAGAGGAGGUCUGUCCGCUUCAUCAGCCCCGAGCCCGUUCCACGACAGGUCAUCGACAACGUCAUCCGCACUGCAGGCACAGCCCCCAGUGGAGCCCACACAGAACCCUGGACGUUUGUGGUAGUGUCAGACCCAGAGGUGAAGCACCAGAUCAGGCUCGUGGUGGAGGAGGAGGAGGAAGUCAACUACCGUCAGAGGAUGGGGGACAAGUGGGUCAGUGACCUGCAGAGGCUCAGGACUAACUGGGUGAAGCAGUAUCUUGAUGUGGCUCCCUACCUCGUGUUGAUAUUUAAACAGACGUACAGCAUCAUAGCUGGAGGACAGAAGAGGACUCAUUACUACAAUGAGAUCAGUGUGUCCAUCUCCUGUGGCCUGCUAUUGGCCGCGCUGCAGAAUGCAGGUCUGGUGACGGUGACGACGACGCCCCUCAACUGCGGCCCCCAGCUCAGGCUGCUCCUCGGUCGGCCAGCCAAUGAGAAGCUGCUGAUGCUACUUCCUGUUGGUUACCCCGCCCCCGACGCCACCGUGCCCGACCUCACCCGCAAGCCCCUCGACGACAUCAUGGUACACCUGUGACAUCAUCAUAAAGGGCCCGGCCGAGGGACAUCAUAGAUGUAGGGGUGCCUUCUGUCCUCGUCUCGUCCCAGUUAUCUGCAAUGAUUUGUAAAGCAGCAACAGUCAUCAAAAUGUUUACUAUUCUGAUAAAUGCAACAGUUGGACAAUAAAUGAAGAUACUCCAAACUUUUAGAUUUUUUUAUAAUCCAUCAGAUAUCGAGUGAAUUAUAGCAUAAAACAUUUUACUGGCACGGACAAAUAAUGUUCAGGUUUUUGGUGGAAAUUCAGGUUUAUUGUUCAAUUUAUUGUUAAAUUUCACUUGUUUUUUUUCUUAGAACGCACUAAUAUAUACAUAUUCUAAUGGUAUCAGGUAUUUUUUGUAACUUUUUUAAUGUUAAAAUGGAAGAAAAUGGUAAAGAAUGAAAAUGGUAUUACCUCAUUUGCAUAAACACAUGCUGUGUGUUUGCAUAUAUUAAUAAAUUAACAAAGGGGUGGAACAAGGCUGCACACACCCAACGAGUGCUCUG